AUGCAGUUCAUUAAUAUUGCUAUGGCUCUGACCCUCGCCAGCAUCGUUUGUGGUGCAGCUAUCCCAGCGAGCCCCGUGGGCGAAAUAGAAGGUUCUCUGGGUACUUUACCUAUCAUCGGUGGCUUGUUCAAAUCGGUGGCGCCAAUGAACCCGGACACUGUCGACUCGGAUAGUGAAGGCCACAAAGUUCCUCGUAUGAUUAGUCUCCGACUCUCCGCACUGGUUCCCCCGAUAACCCCCUCGGCCAACCGACCUACCGUGAUCCCCCGAUUGCGUAAAUGGCGCCCCAGCAUCGAUUUACCUCUGAACAUGGCGUCCGACACUCCUAGAAAACCCUCCGCUAUCGACACUUCGCGCAUAUCCAUGGAGUCGCCUCCAGGCAUUGUGGCCUUGUUCGUCAUCCGCUUCGACAUCAGGACCGGGUAUGUGGUCUCAUGGAAGCGAACUGCGCCAGAUGUCGAGGUGGAAGGGGUGGUGGAAUACAAGUCGCUUCCCUCUGGACUACACAAUGUACACGAGGACCUGAUUUACUUCGUCCACGAAGAGUAUGCAGGCAUUAGCGCAUUCCUCAACCAGCCCGCCGAAGAGGCAGAGCGCAACGCUAAAAUGUUCGCGAUUGGAGUUCUGGUUCCCCUCAGCUCAGGGAGACUCGGAAAAAGCUGGAGACACGCUCCGAGAUUGAAGGAGUUGACACGGAAAUACGCCGCGGAUAUGUCUGACAUGCAAUCAUUGUCCGAUUACUGGGAUGCUUUCCGAAUCGGAGGUCCUGAGUCUUCUGCGCCAGACUCGCCGAUUGACUCGCCCCUUAGCCUCCGAUUCCGCUCAGGCGAUAGACCAGCCGGGCAUCGAAACCGCACCUUUAGCGAUGCGAUACGUAUCCUCGUUAUGGCCGAGGCACCAGUGCACACACCAUGCAACUAUGUGUAUGACCUGUCAUUACUGGCAUCUCUCCCAAACUCUCUAUUGCAAGUCCUCCCUCCGGACUGUAUUCUGCCCCUGCGACCUCGCCCUCUCUUCAAUAUUGGCAUUCAUGACAUCCCUGAUCUUGCCUCAUUCGACCCGUCGCGGGCGACCAUGGAUUCUGAGAAAGAUCCCAGCUGGAUCGCUUGCUCAACAGACAGCGUUCUGAGCAUGAAGCCCGAUCUCUACGACGUCCUCAUCACUCUCCCUCCACCAUACUCUCAGCACGCCAAUGAGCGUGUCUUCCCUACGAUCAGCUUGGUGGACCGCUCAAGCACUAAACAUAAUGCGAAACAAACUGUCAAUUUGAAAGCGACACAACGCGAUGCACGUCGAUAUGCUAUGCUUCGCAGAGGCCUCCGACAGUUCUCCCAGGACCGCUCAACAUCCCCAGAUACGGCUGAAUCUGAUGCCGACUCCACAUACUCAUCCAGUCCGAUUGUGGAGCCGCUCUCCUGGACCCGUCUUGCCUAUACCUCAUUUAUAUGGUGGGCUUCGGCCGGUGAGAAUCGCGACGGCUUGUCCGAAGAGGAGGAGGAACAUCAGAUUGAGCAAGACGCCAGGCUUCUGGCAAGCGUGGAAAGUCUUGCGUACCCUGGUACAAACGUAGCCCGCCGCUCAAUGUAUUCCGAAGACCAUGGCCAGGAGCCCCCAGAAGUCGCGCUGGUAGCGUACUUCCGCCGUCUCACCUCACAAAUAUUUUUCACUCUUGCCGGGGCCAUUGCGCGGCACGAUAGCGACGGCCGUGGUGCAAAUUGCUCAGGCGAUUCAUCCACCGACAUUCCGUGCCUCGAUGACCUCACAAAUGACGACGCAGACUUGUCACUCUCCAUGUCUCGACAAUCGAUCGGUGGCGAGGAUGGGAAUACGCCGCUCCUCCGGCAAAGAUCACAUGCGAGCCACACCGACCGCAGAUCAACUUGCGAAACCUACGACACAGGCGACCCUAUCACCAUCACGAUUGCCGAUAUGGCAGAAAUGGGUCUUGAUGUGUGGAGUGCCACAGAUCGGAUUUUCGUCGAAGAGCUGGUCUCUUUGUGGUGGGGGCGCUCUGCUUAUGUCGAUAGCGCCCGUAUUCGAUGCUGUGGCAUUUCCAUCUUGUGA